AUGUCCAGAAUAUCACGUGGCUCAGAAAGGAAUAUGCUAACACAAUUCCAACUACCAAGUAGGCACGUGUAUGAACCACAACUAAGUGAUACAUCCUUGACUAUUCUGCGGGAGGAGGACGAUGACGAAGAUGGCACAAUCCAAGAACCAGUAGUUCGUUUGGAAAGUGUAGAAAAACAGGUGCUACAUUAUCAGAUGAUGCGAUCAAUACAGAUGUUACUAUGUGGAGAUCCUAUUGGCACUGUUACUCAACUAAACAUUCUCUACGAUUUAGAAUUGGAUUCCAAAUUCAUUCAAGAUAUUCUCAUUAAAUAUCGUGGAGUUGAAAUAAUGACGAACUUACUGGAAGUUCGCGAUCCACGUUGCAUAGUGGCUUCAUUACGAAUUUUAAAAAAACUUGCAAAUAACAACAGAAUGAGAUGGUAUGAAACAAACCUUGGAAUUGUGAAACUUCUUGUUAAUUUACUCUCUUGUCCUAAUAUUGACGUACUUAUUCUGGCUUCGAAAACACUUUCGGAACUUUGCAAAAUUCAAAAACCCGCUCGUUUUCUUCGUAAAGAAGGCGGCAUUCCACUCAUUUUGGAUUUGAUUAAUUUGGACGACAUUACGUUAAACACGAGUACGGAGUUGCUUUCAGAAACACAAAAGAAACAACUGAAGUUAGCAAUUGCCGGAACAGAAACGUUGAAGGAAAUCGCCAAGUAUCCGAAAAGUGUUAACGUGCUGCACAAAAGCGGGUUCCUUCUUUGCACAAAGAAGAUAACGGAUUGCUGUCACAGAGACCUCCUCACCGAGAUGUUUGAACUUUUGGCUCAUUGCGCCGAGGAUGGUAAGUUUCGCAUCGCCAUCGAGACGCAGGGCAUCCUUCUGACGCUGCUACAGGGUCUGCAGGAGAACGUUCAGAGGCUGCGAGCGGCCUGUGCCAAAACAAUCGCCAAAUGCGCCAGCGAUAGCGAACUCACCUGCCAUAUCGUGCGCAUGCUGGGCGGCCUCAACGCCGUGGUGGACCUGACCAAGGACGUUCGUCAAGAGCACGACACGCUCGCCGGGCUGACGUUGGCCGUGGCCAAGCUGGCCCAGGACAACCGCAACCUCAAGAUCAUGAGCGAGCGCGGCCUCACCUUCAACCUCAUCAAGUUCAUCAAGUUCCACUCGGGCGACGACGAAAUCCUGAGCAACGUGAUGGAGGGGCUAGCGGAGUGCGGCCGGCUCGAGGAGAACCGCUCGACCAUCGCUCGGGCGGACGUGCUGCCCACGGCCAUCAUGCGUCUCAUGGGCAACGACCCUCGCGUGCUGUCGGCCGCCGCCAUGUGCCUGGGCACGUGCGCACGCAGCCCCGAGGUGGCGCAGAGGAUCAUGGAGCUGGACGGCUUCCGGAUGCUAAACACGACGGAUUCGGCGGAGGAGGUUCGCAGCAUCGUGGGCGGGCUGGGUCUGCUGACGAAGCUGUUGCUGUCCAAGGACAAAGACGUGAAGGUGCAGGCGUGCGGGCUAGUGGCGGAGAUCUCGCAAGACGAAGAGAACCUGCACAUCCUAUCGGACUGCGGACUGAUGCGCCUCAACAUCGCGGAGGCGAUUGCGUACGCCUCGACGAUCCGCAAGAACGCCACCGAGUUCGGGCUGCUGGGCGUCGUCACCGUCCUGCGCAACUUCCUCGUGUCGAAGAACGCGAUUCUGCACAUGCACACGAUGCGCGCGCUCGCCUCGCUCACGGAGGUGCCCUUCAACUGCGCCGUGCUGCACGAGUGCGACGGCGUGGAGCUCGUCCUCAACGACGUGCUGCAAGAUCUUGCGACGGUCGUGCUGCGCAACAUGAGGACAGUGGCCCUGAGCGCGGAGGACAAAGCUCUGAAGGAUGGGCGGAUGGACGUGUUCCAGCGCAUGACUGCACUGCCGAGAAAACCUGGUCUACGGGACUCUGAGCAGUUCAAUAGGGGCAUUAAAGACCAAGAGGAUAAGAUGCACCGGAAGAGAAUAGCAAAAGGCAAAAUCUAAAAUUGACGCGCUUCGUCAGUAGCAUUAUCUGACAUCAGUUCUCAAGCACAUUCACUCAAUAAUGACCAACAUUUUUACUUUGAUAUAUUUUUGUAAUUUGUAACUAAUAGCAUUAACAAUAUGUCAUAUUUUACAUUGAAUAUUUUAUAGGUAUUUUUGCUUCCAAAACAAUGUAUUUGCUUUUCGUAUCUAUUUACACCUAUUAAGCCGUAAUUAUACAUAUUUAAUUUUUAUGGAUAUUUGUAUAACAAUAUAUGUGUUUGUAAGCUGUAUAAAUAAAAUUGUUUUCGCUGUUCGUGAAAGAAUUUCUGUAACUGACAUACUAAUAGAAGCAGCUUAUUUCCGAAAGUUAGUUUUGACUAUGAAUAAGAUCUAUUCG